AUGGCUCGUGUGAAUUACGGCUUGGUCUCCCUGCCACCAGAGUGCACGCAAAAUAUUCUCAUGUAUUUUGAUAAUGUCACGUCAAUCUGCUCGGCCAUUCUGUCACACUCAUCGCUUUACCGUGCAUUCCAUGGCGCUCGAGAUCUUAUUCUGAAGUCGGUAUUGAGCAACAUGAUACCACUGGACUUGCUACCGGAGGCAUGCGCUGUUCUUCGCGCUUCCAAGAUACAUGUUUGGGAUCAAAAGACUCGUGAUGACAAUCUUGACAACUUCCGCCGAAGGCUUAUCCCAGCAGAGUUCUCCUUGCAAGACGCAAUCUCAAUGGAGGAGUUUCAUCUGAGUGCAAGUUUUUUCACGGCAGACUUUACAUCCAUGGCUCUGUCUCGACAUAUUUUGAAAGACAAGACCACGACCACAAACCCAAACCCAGUCACUGCCAAUGAAUGGCACAGGGUUCUGCGGAGCUUCUACUGGUGGGAAUGGUAUACUCGCUCAUGUAGAGUGAUCUCCAACCGCUUCAUUCGCGCCGAGCAGAGUCCAAGACAUCUUCAGAUGUUCUCGAUUUGGGAAAAGGAGCAGCUAGCCAGCGUCGGAGAGUACCUGUUUCACAAGAUAACGAAGCCCUUUAAUGAAGUGGCAGCCCAUGAUAUCAAAUGGGGAAGUCUGGCAUCUGAGGUGUGGGAUUCAUUAUGGCCCCAUACAGCUAAUGGAUUUUGGCUUCAAAGGCUCCCGUUUCUGCAGCGACUGGUUAGUGCUGAAACUUAUGAUCAAGGACACAAUUUAAUGGACUCCAAUUGGGAGAUGACAUCCGAUACAGGCUGCUCCUCCAGAUCGGGUGUAGAUGCAUGGGUACCAGCUGCACAUGAACCAAAAUUUGCUCUCCUCCAGACCUACACCGAGGAGGAACUCAAAAAUGUCAUAGGAACGCCCUGGGCGUUUGAAUCCGAUAACGGCCCACUUGAAGCUUGGAAAUGGACGCACCAAGAGCAAUCAUACUUCUUUUUUGUUCAAUGCCCCAAGCUACGAUGGCUUCGUCGACGCGGGUACGUCAUGUGGAAUUAUGACCGACUGAAGGAGUGGGGGCUCUUUGAUCUACAAUCGGACCAAUUUGAGGACGACAUGUGUUAG